AUGGGCCGUCGUCGUUGUCCCGUGUGCGCAAAGUGGUGCUUGCGCGGUCUUCAGAGCCUCUGCAGUCAGGGCACCUCGCCAGACUGCCACAUGUGCCGGAAAUGUCUCCGUCAAUGCAUUGAUGCUCGCCUCCGUGACGGGGCCAAGGAAAUCAAGUGCCCCGGCUGUCAUGCACCGGCCUGCCAUGCCCGCCUUUCUGAUCGCCAGGGUGCCCAGCUGCGCCAAAACGUUCAACACCGCUACCCGCCUCGCAAUCCCAGCCUCGUCCGCGUGCCCAACGUCGUGCAAUGCUGGUCCUGCAACGUGGUCGCUGCCAUUGAUGCGGCUUGCGUCUGGGCGCGUUGCAACUGCGGCGCCACCCUCGUCGCCCCCCACAAACAGCCCUCGCGUCCCGUCACACCCCACCGACUGAGCCCAGCGUCGGUCUACGAUGAUGGUUCAGCCAUCAACCUCAACCUGAGCCACCACAACAGCCUUCGCCGCAGUCACCGCAGCGCACGCCACCACAGCCGUCGCAGCCCCGCCACGCACUCACAACAGCAACGUCUCAGCUACCACAGCCUCACCUCCAACCAUCGUCUCAGCGCGUACGAGGUCAUCUUUCCCGGACCCAAGGAGACGAGCCCCUGCCCAAGCGACACUUUGCAAGAGGUGCUCAAAGACGCUUGCAACAAUGCCCGCAAUAACAGCCGCUGCGAUGACCUCGACCCCGACAUGGAUUUGCUCAACCCCUGGGACUUGAGCGACGACGCCGCCUGGCGGAGAAGCGCAGUCGUCGAGCUAGCCGCAGACAGCUACUUUGAGGUCAACCUAGCCGACGAGAGCGAGGAUGUUACAUGCGCCCCCGACGGCGUGUGCAUUGACUGGCGAUCCCCGGCCUACUGCUCGCCCUACAACGACGACGACCAACUCGCGGCUCUACUCGAGGCUAGUCUGGACUCGAGCACUGCCGCGUGCGAGGGCAAUGUCGCAUCGCCCGCCGUCGGUCGGCAGCGCCGUCGGUCGGCUCGUGCCAGCCUGCGCCAUCUGCGUCGCAGCCUCCGAGCCAGCCUGACCGCCAGCCUGCACGCAUCACAAUCCGACGGCAACGCGGACAGUGCGCUCGACGCACGCGUUCGCACCGCCCCAAUGUAUGCGGCCUGUCUGGACUUGCUCGAGGAACUGGAAAGGGCCAAUCCCGCUGCGUACGCCGACUCGGACCUGACCGUGGCCCAGUUUGUUGCAGAAACAGCCGAAGUCUAUCGCCAGCACCCCGAGCUCCUGACCAACCUCGAGCAUGACCCCGCCAGUUGCAGUCAGCCCGCCCGACGGACCAGUCGGCGGGCCAGCAGCCGAGGCAGCCGCCGAAGCACCAAAAGCAGCAGUCGCCGUCACCAUCCACAACGCCACCGCCGCACCUCGAUCACCCUGUCCCAUCAACCCUCGGCCCUCAGUGUCAUCUGA